CAGAAUUGUGCUUUGCAGUACACAGAUAUGAUGGAAAAUUCAGAUCUUCCAAAACGGAAAAGGAGUACAGAUAAGGCCGAAGGUGAUUCAUUGGAGGUAUUGAUCGUUAGAAAGUUAACACAUGAACGAAUUGAUGAAUUGAAGAAACAAAUUAAAUCUGACCAGUUGCGAUACAAGACCCUUCGACGAGAAAUUGACCAAUUAAAGGCAGGACAGCUAGAUAAGGAAGUGCGGACCAUGUGGGAGGAGCUACAGACGAAGGACAGAGAAGCUUCGGAGGAAGCAGGGGCAGAGAAGUUGGCUGUCGACAAUGCAAGACUAUCAUCCUCAGGAAAAAAUGUAGUCCGUGGAGGAGUAAAGAAACCAUCACCUAAGCUGAAAAAUUCACAAGAAACUGAGUCUACGUUAAGCAAUGAUAUAGAUACAAUGGAAAUUGAUGUGGUAUCAACAACUCCUCAAGCACCAACCCCACCACCAGUUUCAAAACCAUUGCCUGUGCUACAAGAUAUCACCCCCAUACCAACCAAUGAUGUUUCCAGUAGAGAGAGUAGCAAUGGCAAGAAUACUGAUGUUGGUAGAGCACACGAUUCUGUGUCAAUGGAUGUUCAACAAGUUGCUGAAAAGCCUGGGAAGGGGGUACCUCCUCCAUCAAUUGAAGCAAAAGAUAAAAAGAAAGUUGAAGCUAACCAACAUGAGAAAACGUCAGAAAAGAAAAGGGAGGAGAAGCUUGAUGUAAGCAAAGUAAAGAAAUCUGAAGACUUGAAACAUGAAAAGAGAAAAGGUGAUAAAUUUGAUGCUAAGAUGGAUAAGGAUGAGGACAAAAUUGUAGAGCAGAAAGUGAAAAAAAAUCUUGAGCAAACAAUUGGAAAGAAAGACACAAGUCAAGAAAAUACAGACAACCACAAAGAGAAGAAAGCUGAUGUAAAAUAUGAACCAAAAAAAGAUAAAAAAGAAUACAAGCAGGAAGAAAAGACAAGCACCAAGACACAGUCAACAAAGGCUUCACCAGCUGGUAAAGAACUCCAUCCUGCAACUGAAGGAGAACACACAGACAGCAGUAAAGUCAUGUCUAAGGAUGGUGUCACCAAACAAGCAGCAGCUCCAGAAACUUCAAAACCGGAUGAGAUGAAACAAACUAAAAAGGUGAUUUUGAAGAAACCUGAAAAAAGGAAGAGUGGACGAGGAAAACGAAAAUCAUCAGAUACGCAGGAGGAUGGUGGUGAAAAAAAAGACAAGUCAUCAGACCCAUCAUCCAUUGAUGAUGAGAAGAACGAAGACAAGAGUGAAACAAGUGAGAUGGAAGAAGUAGAAACCAGGCGGUCUGAAAGUGACCGAGAUGACCAGUCCAUUCGUGGUGUAGCUUUCUGUGAAUCCAUGCCAAACAGUCCUGCUUCUAUUACACCAAGGGAUCGAGACUUAUCAACAAAGUCAUAG